GAACACACUAACGCUGCGCCUACGCAUACCUGCAGUUUAUAGCAACACACGGUGGCUGCAGCAGCGAAAAAGGGCCCAUUUGUUUGGCUCCGUAGUACCGUGGCCCUUUUUGUUUUGUGCUAUUCGAUGUGUAAAGUUGUACAGUCGCGUGUUCGUGUGUGUGUAUAGUAAAUACUUCUUUUAAGCUAGUGCGUGCUUUAGGCUUACCAUAAAACCAAUCAAUCGCUCUUGAGAAGCAUACAAACUGCGUGAGGCGGCGCAAACUAGAAUCUCAUAGUGCGUGCGUGAGAGCCCACAGUACACCGCAACGGUGCGGCCAACACACGAACACACUUUCAGCAGGCACCUCCAUUAGCCGAGUGUCGUCAUGCUGCCAUUUCCCAUUGUCUCGCCAACCGUUGUCAUGGUGUUCGGACGCCAAAGCGUGUCCCGUGUCGUGGUGUUGUAGGUCUGCUUUCCGCCAAAGCGCGAUGCGUACGCGAAUGACGGGCCAGUUGAGUUCGAAGAUUGGUCGCGUACGGACGGUCUUACUACGUGCGUCCGGACCAGCAGACUAUUCGCGACCGGUGUGAGUGUUCGGGAGUAACGCUUUUGUACCCAGCAUUUCCAAUCGUUUAUUUUAGAAUUAUCAUUCUCUGUUAUCGUGUUUGUGUGUAUUUUUUAAAUAAUUUUUUUUGGAGCAAAAAAAUCUACGCUUCGGGCAAAUAGUGCUUACGCUUCGGGGUUAUACGCCCCCUUCUUAACACACGUGAGUGAAACGAGUGCUAAGCGAUAAAAAAAAUAUUUGCAUGCAUAGAUCAGCACCACGGAGGUGUUACGUGUAGUUAGCAUCCGUUCUCCAACCCUUCUGAAGGGUUCGUUACUUUGUGUGCGUUCGUAUUUGUGCGCGAAAGUGUGUGAAAGUGUUCUGCAAGUGUUGAUCAUUCUAUGUGGAAACGAUCGCACGUUCUACCGCACGCAUCUAUGGUGAACGUGUCAUUUGAUAGUGUUUUUUAAAAUGUCCCACCAACCUUUGGCAUAGCACCUGAAGGGAAGCAAAUUCACCGGCAGUGUCUCGAUCUUUACUGUGUUUAUGUUAUUCUGUUGUUGUAAAAUUUUGCAACACGAGCGAAAUUUUACUUUCCCUUUGCCGAGGCCUUAAAUAUCACACCGAUGAGAGUAGAAAGGAAGCACAACCGAUCGUGCGCUGUAAAGAAGGCGAAAAAAAACGACAACCCAGCAUCAGCAAAAUAGCAGCCCCCAGCACAUCCCCCAAAACGCCACUCCGCAUCACUAAUGCCAUUAACAAACGUCAUCAAACGGUAGUGAGGCGGUUGUUUUAGUGUGUGUUUUUUUUUUUUGUUUUUUGUUUGGUUCACUAUCACUCCAAUCCCGUGUUGUUUUGUGUGCUUUUGCCCGUGGUUGUGCCGGGGUGGAAAAUUGAAUGUAAAAAAAGCACGUUGCGUAGCAAAGUGUGAGUGCUGAGUGAGUGGAUGCGAAGGCAAAAUAUUGGUAGAAAAUUACAACUGCGCAGCGUGUUGGGCGCGGUGGCCACCGUCAGCUAACCGGCGAGCGCGAGAAAGUGCAUCGCGCUGGGAAAGGAAAGAAAUAGGCGCAAGCUACGAACCCCAAGAUGAGGAUCCGCAGCUUGAUGUUUGCUCCGGUCACCACCCUCGUGGUGUUUAUCAUUGUGAUCCUUCAGUGUUCGGUACCGACCGUGACGGCAAUACAGACGGAAAAGGAAGCGUACUUCAAUGGAUCUGCCUACCUGAGGUUAAAAACGCCAAUGACCCUCUGGAGCUAUUCGGCGAUUAGUUUCAAGUCGUGCCGAGGUGGAGAAAUUCUCUCCCAACGCUAUUCAGGUCAUGCCCUACUGGUGUCCGUCCUGCCGGACUGGGUGUCCAUCGUGCUAUCAACACCGGCACAGCAACCGAUCGAGGCCCGCGUGACCGGUCGACUGCUGGACAACAAAUGGCACACGCUCGAGUUCAUCUACCAGGCCGGUACGCUGUACUGCGUGAUCGACAAACAGUCGACUGCGAUCGCCAACCAAAGCUACAACGCGCAGCUGAUUCUCGAUCAGGAGAUCAAAAACGAAGCAGCGGUCCUGAUACUCGGCAAGCAGUAUGCGGGCUGUCUGCUGCACGGUCCCGGUUUGGUGUUUAAUUCGAGCGCUAUGAACGCGGAGGCGGUAGUAUUCGGACCAUGCCCGUUGGCCGCUGGACCGUGCUCGGAUCACGAUGUGCUCGAGGGCAUCCCGGUUGACUAUUGUUCGCACGAUCCGUGCAUGCAGCAUGGGACGUGUAUCUCGCGAUCGGAUUCGUACGAAUGUCACUGUACGGCCCGGUUCAAGGGUAAGAACUGUGAGAUCGACAUGGGUCCGCCGUGCCUUUCGUACCCGUGUCAGCAUGGUGGUACGUGUAACGAGGACAUUAAGGGAGAAUAUCGGUGCACGUGUGCGCCGGGCUAUACGGGCGCUGUUUGCGAGACGGAACUUAGCGUACAUCCGCUGUGUGAGAAGAACCCAUGCGCUAACAAUGGAACCUGCAAAGUAGCACCCGGUACGAACAAUGUCGAGUGUGACUGUUUGAAGGGUUUCAUCGGGAUGCGUUGCGAGGUCAACUGGGAUGACUGUAAAUCGAACGUCUGUCUGAAUGGGGGUCGCUGCAUCGACGGUGUGGAUGCAUUCACCUGUGACUGCAAAGGUACGGGCUAUGGAGGUACCCUUUGUCAGAACAAUAUCGACGAAUGUCUAACAAACCCGUGCCAGAACGGAGGCACCUGCUUCGAUACGUACGGAUCGUUCCUGUGCGACUGUCCGUCCGGGUUUACCGGGCCCAAAUGUCAGAUGAGUGUGAACGAAUGCAAAUCGCAACCGUGUCAAAAUGGUGGCACCUGCAUAGAUACACGGGAAGGAUUCGAAUGUCGCUGUAUUCCGGGCUACAACGGAGCGCUUUGUGAGCUGGAACCAGGCUGUGGACAGUGUCCAGCAGAUUCCGAGUGCGUUGCUGGACGCUGCGUUUGCAAACCGGGUACUACAGGCAUGGUAGGGCUUUGUGUAGAGCAAGUCACUGCCGACGCCGUUACGAUCGCGACCAACGUCAAUGCCGCCGGCACAAGUGCACAGAAAUCCCAGGCCCUCACUAAUGCAUGCGCUAGCUAUUGCUACAAUGGCGCCACCUGCGUCCCGGCCGGAACUGCCGGCUACGGUCAAAAUUUAACCUGUAUUUGUGCUAGCGGAUACACAGGAACUCGCUGUGAAUCGCCCAUUGCUCUACCGUACUCCGACGAAUGUAAUUGUCUUAACGGUGGUAGCUGUGCACCGAACGGAUCCACCUGUCUCUGUCAACCAGGUUACGAGGGCGCUCGCUGUGAGCAGACGAUCGGCAACAACCUUUGCAAUCCAUCGAACUGUGCCGAACCGUACCGAUGCAUUGGUGGCAAGUGCCAGUGUCCGGAAAACAUGAACUGUGACAAUCCGUGUGCAUCUUCGCCGUGUCUGCACAAUGGUUCCUGCUAUCUGCAGGGUCAAAGUUACGCAUGUAAAUGUACGUCAGGGUUUGAAGGAAAGCGGUGCGAGAACGAUAUCGACGAGUGCAAGAAGGAUGGAAUCUGUGGGAACGGCAUCUGUCAGAACACGCCCGGUUCCUUCCGAUGCUUCUGUACGCCGGGAUAUACUGGACUGAACUGUGAUCUUGACGUGGACGAAUGCUUAAGCCAUCCGUGUAAGAACAACGCCGAGUGCCAGAAUAAGCAGAACGAUUACGAGUGUAUCUGCCCGGCUGGAUAUACGGGCAAGGACUGUAGUGUGGACAUCGAUGAGUGUGAAAGCAAUCCAUGCUCAAAGGGUUCGAGUUGCGUGGAUCAGGUUGCCAACUUUACCUGCAUGUGUGUCCCAGGUAUGACGGGACGGUUGUGUGAGAUCGAUAUUGACGACUGUGAGAGUCAACCAUGUCAGAACGGAGGACGGUGCAUCGAUCAGUUGGGCGGAUUCCAGUGCGACUGUAAUGCUACCGGGUACUCCGGCAUUUACUGCCAAACGAACAUCAACGAAUGUGAAUCGAAUCCGUGCACCAACGGGGCCGAAUGUGUGGACAAGAUCAACGACUAUCAGUGCAACUGCUUCCCGGGAUAUACGGGGAAGAACUGUGAGGAAGAUAUUGACGAGUGCGAAAGUGUACCCUGUCUGUACGGAGGCACAUGUCUGCAGCGCUCCAACUACAGCCUUUAUCAACCGCUACCGAUUGCCAAGGGUCUACCGGUGCACUUUGCACAACCAUUUUCCUACUCGAUCGCGGCCGGUUACGAAUGUAUCUGUGUGCCCGGUACGAUGGGAACGAACUGCGAGACAAACAUCAACGAGUGCGAGAGCAAUCCGUGCAAGAAUGGAGGCUGCGUCGAUGGUGUUGGUAAUUAUACGUGCGAGUGUGAUCCUGGCUUCGAGGGAUCACACUGCGAAACGGACAUCGAUGAGUGUCUUAAGUAUAGGCCGUGCGUUCAUGGUACGUGUAUGGAUGGUCGUAACAACUACAUCUGCGAUUGCGAUGGACUGUGGGGAGGCAAGAAUUGUUCGGUACAGCUGACGGGUUGCGUGAAGGAACCGUGCCUGAACGGUGGAACCUGUGUGCCGUAUCUGGAGAAUGAAACACAGCAUAAAUUUAACUGCUCCUGCCAUCAAGGGUUCCAGGGUAAGACGUGUGACACGGUAACGACCAUGUCACUAGUCGCCAGCAGUUUACUCGUGGUGAAUACUACUCGUGACGAAGGAUACGACAUUCAGCUGCGCUUUAAGACAACGCUACCAAAUGGGAUACUUGCGUUCGGUAACGGUGCCACCUCGUACAUUCUAGUGCUCAACAAUGGGCGGUUGAAUUUACACUCCGCACUAUUAAAUCGUUGGGACGGUGUGUUUAUAGGAUCGGAAUUGAACAACAGUAAAUGGCAGAAGGUGUUCGUAGCGAUCAACUCGUCCCAUUUGGUACUGUCGGCAAACGAUGAACAGACAAUCUAUCCGAUCAACUCAUACGAAGGCACCAACGGGAGCAAUACGUCCUUCCCGAUCACAUACCUCGGUGGCACGAUCCCUUCACUAGCACAACCCUAUCUAAAACACAUCGCACGAGCUGUUUCAAGCUUCGUGGGUUGCAUGGAAGAUGUCGUUAUCAAUGGCCAGUGGGUGUUACCGGGACAGGAGCAGGAGUUUACCACACUCCACAACAUAGACACCGGAUGCCCUCGAACACCUCAGUGUGAUCCGAAUCCGUGUCACUCGAACGGUCACUGUACUGAUCUGUGGCAUACGUUCUCGUGCAGUUGCCAGCGACCACAUCUGGGACACACGUGCAAGUACAACAUCACAGCGGCCACCUUCGGUCACGAAAAUACUACCAACUCCGCCGUCAAGGUGACGGUGAGCGACGUUGCCAGGCGGGCAAUUCGCUCCGUGCUGGACAUCUCGAUGUUUAUCCGUACGCGCAAACCCUCCGGUCAGGUGUUUUACCUUGGUUCCGAUCCGGACAAUCAACUCAUCAACACCAAUCAAUCACCGAGCGAUGAUUCGUACGUGGCCGCCUUUCUGUCCAAGGGUGAACUGUUGGUGCGGAUGAUCUUCAACGACACACCGGAAGGUUAUACGGUCGGUGGCAAUAAGCUCGACAACGGCUAUCUACACCUGAUCGAGGUUAUCCGCAACUCGACGCUUAUACAAGUGAAGCUCAACGGAACGGAAUACUUCCGCAAAACGCUCUCCACCUCGGGUCAGCUGAACGCACAGGUACUGUAUCUCGGAGGACCACCACCAAACGCAGACACCAUCAACAGCCUGUACAAGGACGAAUCGGAGAAGCAAUACUUCAAGGGCAUCAUCCAGGACGUGCAGGUGUCGAAUGGAUCACACGCAAUGAUCGUCGAGCUGUAUCCGCUCGGUAACGAAACGGAGGGUCUCGAACUGCCCGCACCAUUCGGACAGGUUACCAUCGAUCGGAACUCGGUGUUGGAGGGUAUCGUGUCGGAUGAUCUGUGCCGAAGUCAACCCUGCUAUCACGAAGCGUACUGCGAGAACACCUGGAACGAUUUCAUAUGUACAUGUCCCCGGGGUUACAAGGGCAAAUACUGUCAGGACAUUCAAUUCUGCGAGUUGCAAAAGUGUCCAAUGGAUGCUACCUGCCAGAACUUGGAUGCAGGCUACGAAUGUAUCUCCAACAUGACGUUCCACGAUGACAAGGAACCGCUCGUUUACACGUUUAACGAUGCGGACCGAAAGGAUACCACCAUGGACACGAUCGAAAUUUCGUACCGCACUAAAUUCGGUGGCACCCUUCUGUACGUGCACGACGGUGAUAUGUACUUUGAGAUAUCGACCAUCCGUCAGCUGGUAACUAUCUCGUGGCUAUUGUCCGGCGAUCUACCCGAAACACAUCGGUUCGAACGCGAACUGGCAGGGGAAGAUGAUAGCUACGAUUGGCACACACUGCUCGUGAAGGUCAGCCAGGGUGGCAAACUGGAGGCAGGCUGGAAGGGUUGGGAAACUACCAUCGAUCCACAGCCAAGCUUGACGGCCGACAUUGACUACUUCGCCUUCCGCCAUCUGUUCUCCGGCCGGCAGCAGAUAUAUCUCGGUGGGAUGCCCGAGAUGGCACACAUCGAGAACAACUCCGUUGUAAGCGGUGGCAUUGACAAGGGUUCGUCGUUUAAGGGAUGUCUCGGGGAGACGCGUGUCGGUGGCUUCCUGUUGCCGUACUUCCCGCACGAACUCAUCUACCCGGACACGUUCAACCUUACCGAGGCACACUUUACGCUUAACUCUAGCCAGCCAGAACAGGGAUGCAUUCUGUGCUUUCAACAGUCGUGCAAAAAUGGAGGCAUUUGUAGUAACCCAUCGGAGCAGUACGCUUGUGAGUGUCCGGCUGGAUACGAAAGUGACGAUUGCUCACAAAACAUUGACGAGUGCCUGUCGGCAAACUGUAUGAAUGGGGCGAGCUGCAUCGAUGGUGUGGCCAGCUUCACCUGCCAAUGUUUGGAGGGUUACGAGGGUCAGCUGUGCGAGAUCGAGAUCGAUGAGUGUGCGUCAAACCCAUGUCACAAUGGUGGCGUGUGUAAGGAUCUGUUGGCAGGAUUCUCCUGUACCUGUACGGAGGAAUAUGCCGGACCACAGUGCGAUGUGUUCCGUCUGGUGACGUGCGAGAAUAUGCCCUGCCGCAAUGGUUCCCGUUGUGUCGAUGGAUACAAUAUGACUACCGGAAACAACUUUACCUGCACGUGUGGUGCUGGUUUCGCUGGACCGCUCUGCGAUAUACCGUUCUGCCAUAUAGAACCAUGUCAGAAUGGUGGCCUCUGCGAUACAGAAGCAAUGAUUCCAAUGUGCAACUGUUUGCCGGGGUAUGUUGGAAUGUACUGUGAAACGGAGCUGAACGAGUGUGAAUCGGCACCCUGUCUGAACGGUGGUCAAUGCAUUGACUUCAUCAAUGAGUAUCGUUGCAACUGCACCGGGACUGGGUUUGAUGGGAAAAACUGCGAGCACGAUAUUAACGAAUGUCUGCAGGAAAGGAUCAGCUGUGGGGGCCGUGGUCACUGUAUCAAUACGGAAGGUUCCUUCAGGUGUCACUGUGUGGAAGGUAUGUGCGGGAAGGAUUGCGCCCAGUCGGAUCCGUGCCAGGUGAAUCCGAACGUCUGUCUGAAUGGCGGCAUCUGUGUGGAGGAUUGUGAUAGAGAGCGAAGGUACUACUGCAACUGUAGCGGUGGCUUCACAGGCGUCAACUGUUCUGAGCAGGCGACACUGGAAGCGGAAGAAGCAACUGGUGCAGAUAUCGCCAUCAUCGUUGUGCCAGUGGUGAUCGGCAUCCUUGCAAUUGCCGGCGCCUUGAUCGGCACGUUCCUGGUGAUGGCACGCAAUAAGCGUGCAACCCGUGGUACCUACAGCCCAAGUGCGCAGGAGUACUGUAACCCAAGACUGGAAAUGGACAACGUGCUUAAACCACCGCCCGAGGAGCGACUGAUAUAGUGCGGGUGUAGGUCUCUGUUAACUGUAGCGUCUUUUUAUAUGUUAGUUUUGUUACAUUUACUCUCUCUUCUGUGUCCCUACCUCCAGCAAUGUUUUUUUGUUCCGUCCAAUACAAUGUCAUUGUCAGUUGUCGCCAGACUUGUACUCCUCAGGGCGACCAGCAGUGGAGACAUUCUCUAUCCUUGUUGUCGUCUCUCGUCUCGUUUGGCAAACUCUCCCCCAAAAUCCCUCUGUUAGUGUUAAUGUGUAGGUCUAUUGGGAAGGAAAUACACUCAACUCCCUCAUAAGGAAUCCCUGCACAAGGGUUUCGAAUUGUAAAAAGUUAGUAUAAGGAUCGAGAUAUAGCUGAUUGAGAAACGUUCCAUUAGGCAAAACGAAUGCGACCAACAGGUACACGAUCGCCCCAGGAGCGCACGGUGCUUUGCUAAUGCUUUUAUAAAUUUUAAUGCAUGUUUUUCGUUUUAAACUGUAGCGUCUGAUAGUAACUGUGUAACAAUGUGAUAUCCAUCAAGAUCGGGUCAUUCGCUUUGACCCAGCGACAAACAAUUGAUUUUCCUCUGCCCUUGGGUGCGAUAGAUAAGCUUAACGGCAUGGAGCAUUGCGAGUAAUCAUUACCUAGAAUGGAACACACACGCAAGCUGGAAUACCCCUGGCGUAAUACUUAAAUAAUUGAAAGAUAUUGACUGAAUCAAAGGACAAUCAGCUGACUGCCUAUUGUUUUCGAUCACUUUUCGGUUUCAUUCUAAAAAGAUCAAACAUUGUAGGCCGGAAAAAUACGAAUGUGCCUUCAAGAUUAACAUCAGUGUGCUCCAUGCUUUGAUAUCCUCACCACUCCAACGCUCAGGACCAAGUUUUCCGUGCAGGUAGAAUUAGUGUUAAUUUUUUAACUGCUUAGAUAGUGUAGCGUUUUUUUUAUUUACAUGUUUGUGACCAAAAGGCAUCCUACAUGGUUGAAAGUGCAGUAAAAGCAACGGAGUGUUGGACACACGGCACAGUUAAGCAGUGCUUAAAAUCUUAACAAUCGAAAGCAAAAAUCUAUAAAGGUUGAGUUACAAAAGUAAAUUAAAACUAAACAAACUUAAACAGUUUUUCGUAUUGAAGACAUGAUUCGCUUUUAAUAAACUCAUUAAGAAGGGGCAAUAGCGCAGUAAGAAAACGUGAAGAAAGUGAAAAAUUAUCUAACGGCCAUUGGCCGAAUAUUUUGUAAACUAGCGAGCACUGUAGCAGUUCAUAAUUUUAUGCAAAACAACAGUGUUCAUAGCAAACCGACGGAAAUGAUCUAGAAAGUUACUGAAAAAACCACGCGGCACCUAGAUAGCCAGUAAGAUAAAAGAAUAAAUAGCCAGAGCGAUAAACUUGCGUAAUAAAUUUCGAUCGAUCGGUGGUGAAUAACAAA